AUGUUUUCUACCUCAGCUGUGUCGGAGACUUGUGAUGGGGAGGGGGAGCCUACGUGUCCUGAGGGCGGUGCUCGUACCCGCACCUCGUCAGAACACCUGUGUGGUGACACUUGUGUCUCCUCAACCAGCUCCCAGUGUCCAGUGGGAUUUAAACCUUUGAGUUCUGAUGGGUUAAAUCACCGUCGUCAAAGAAUUAAUUUCCUCACGUCCUCGACAGAUGCAAGGAACGCGAGCCUGAAGGGAGACGGGACCUUGUACACGGCCGACUCUCUCGUGUACUACCAGAACACUGACAAUAGCAUCCCCAGCAGGAGAUUGGUAUUACUUAAGAGCCUUACACAGUACUCCAGGUUCGCCGUAGGCUGCCUCGACAGUGCUCAACUGGGCAAUAACGUAUUGGCUCAGAUCGGUUACCGCCAAGCUGGUGACUAUAACACACCUGGGGACGUCGAGUUUGUUCCUUCAGGUGCUGCCCCGGAGACGUACACCUGGGAUACACGACUCAGCACCAACAUCCUCAUGCGAGUCACCACACUUGUUGGUAAGGUAACAACACUGGGGCCCUCCUGGACGUGUAAUAAGGCCAGUGCCGCCCCCAACACCAGCUUCACGGGACACAACGCCAUGGAGUUGCUGAGUCAAGCUGCCUGGAAGAUGGACUUUACCUGUUGA